AUGUCUCUCUUCUCUUCCACUCGUUCAAUCGCCCUUGCCAGUGGCCGACUCACCACCCGAUCCCUCCUCUCCAAACCACAACUCGCCUCCAACGCACAGCCCCACCGCUUCAAUUCAACCAACAAGCCAGCAUCAUCAUCAUCAUCAUCUCCAUCAACACCUCGCCCAUCCUCCUCCGCACCCCAACAAAGCCGCUCCAAUUUCCCCGUCAUCCCAAUCAUCGCCAUUUUCCUCCUAGGCUCCGGCUCUUACAUUUUACUCGUCAACUCCCGCACCGUAACAGUCGUCUUCUUCCUCGGCGGCCCCGGCAGCGGAAAGGGCACCCAAUCCGCAAACCUAGUCAAGAACUACUCCUUCGUCCACCUGUCGGCAGGCGACCUCCUCCGCGCCGAGCAAGUCCGCGAAGGAUCCUCCCGCGGCGCAAUGAUAAAAGAAUACAUCACGGAAGGCAAAAUCGUCCCCAUGGAAGUAACCGUGAACCUACUCUCCGACGCGAUGGCCGAGUCGUUGGUCUCCAACCCUCCUCCCGCGGGCAGCAAGGCUCGAUUCUUGAUCGAUGGGUUCCCGCGUAAACUUGAUCAGGCGGAGUUCUUUGAAGCGAGUGUUUGUCCGUCUGAGUUGGUGCUUUUCCUUGAUUGUCCUGAGGAUGUUAUGGAAAGCCGACUUUUGAAGCGCGGGGAGACGAGUGGACGGGAUGAUGAUAAUGCGGCUUCUAUUCGGAAGCGGUUCCGUACUUUCGUUGAGACUAGUAUGCCUGUUGUUGAGGCUUUCCGGAAGGAGGAUAAGGUUGUUACUGUUAAGGCUACGGGGUCUGUGGAUGAGGUUUAUGAGAGUGUUAAGGCUGGAAUUGAGGCGCGGGGCUUGCAUGCUCGGUAA